AUGAGUACCGAGACGACCAAGACCGAAGUUGGCAGUUAUUUCAUCGCCAACUAUCCGCCGUUCUCGCAGUGGAAUGAGGAAUCGAUCGCCGAUGUGCAUCGGGCGAUGUCCGAGCCACCGGCCGAUGUUCCGCUGGGGUUGUAUGUGCAUAUCCCGUUUUGCCGCAAGCGGUGCAAGUUCUGUUACUUUCGGGUCUACACCGACAAGAACGCCAAAGACGUGGAGCGUUACGUCUCGGCCCUGUCGCGCGAAAUCGAACUAGUGAGCCACCUGCCUGUGAUGGGCGGGCGACCAUUUCGAUUCGUCUACUUCGGCGGCGGCACUCCUUCAUUCCUCGGCGUACGUCAGUUGAACUCCUUGGGCGAGCGUCUACGGGCGAACAUCGACUGGAGCCUGGCCGAAGAAGUGACCUUCGAGUGCGAGCCGGGCACGUUGUCGGAACCGAAAGUGAAGGCCCUUCGCGAGCUUGGCGUCACGCGGAUUAGCUUGGGCGUGGAGAACUUCAGCGACGAAGUGCUCGAAGAAAACGGUAGGGCCCAUCUUUCGCCGGAGGUCUACAAAGCCUGGGAUUGGAUUCAGGCGGCCGAUUUCCCCAAUACGAAUAUCGACCUCAUCGCCGGCAUGGUCGGCGAGACCGACGAGAACUGGCAGGAAAACAUCCGCCGGGUAAUCGAACUCUCGCCCGACAGCGUGACUAUCUACCAGAUGGAGUUGCCCUUCAACACGGUUUACUCCCGCGACCUGUUGGGCAACGAGAAGGAAAGCCCCGUGGCCGACUGGCCCACCAAGCGUCGCUGGGUGAACGAGGCAUUCGACGCACUGAUCGCCGAAGGUUAUUCGGUCUCCAGUACCUGCACCGUGUUCAAGAAUACGAACAAAGUGAACUUCAGUUACCGCGACAACUUGUGGCGCGGCAGCGACCUUUUAGCCACCGGGGUGGCCAGCUUUGGGCACAUCUCAGGAGUUCACUAUCAGAACCACGCCAGUUGGGAGAAGUACCUGGCUGCCCUCGAUGAGGGCAAGUUGCCGGUCGCCCGAGCGAUGCACCCAACCCGGCAGCAGCAGCUCAUUCGCGAGAUGGUCCUGCAACUGAAAACGGGACGGAUCAACGCGUCGUAUUUCCGCGAGAAGUUCGGAGCCGAGAUCGUCGAACAGUGGGACGACGUGUGGCAGGAUUACCAAAACCAGGGUCGACGGGCUGCUGCCGGCAUUUUUCGAAGAGGAACAUCGCGGGGUUCGGUAUACAUGAGCGACCCGUUGGUCUUCAUGAUGGGCGAAUUUCCCGCGGAAGUGCCCACCGAUCGGCUGUAUGCCCGUAACCACAUGUGGGCGCAGGCCACUGAUGGGGGGUACCGCUUUGGAUUUUCGGCCUAUGCUGUACGCUUAUUACAAGACGUGUACUUCCUUGAUUGGACCGUAGACCCCGGUACACAAUUGUUCGAAAAGCAGGAGAUCGGCUCCAUCGAGAGUUCGAAAGCCGAAAGCGAUCUGUUCGCCCCCUUGGGCGGACGGCUGACUGAAUUCAACGAGGCCUUGCUUUCCGACCCCUCAACCAUCAACGUGGAUACUUACGGGGGCGGCUGGCUGUUUACAAUGGAAGGUUCGGACGAAACGCUACUCACGCCCGAGGCCUAUCUCGAUCAUCUCGAAGCAGCCUGGUCGGGUCAAAGCGCCAAUCCCGCCAAACGGGGUCUGGAAGAGUCGGUCGUGGCCGAACUGCUGGGCACCCCGGGAGUCGAAAUUACAGUCGUCCCGCACCUGUACGAUCUUAAGCCCGACGGUUCCGGCAUGCUGUGCCUGCAGGGAAUCACCGGCGACAUGAUCGUUCUGUCGUGGCUGUAUCCUCGGGCCGCCCAUUGGAUUCUGGCCCGCAACCAGGUUCAGGGCGCCGUCGGCACCACGCUGCUCCGUUCGGCCGAUGAAGAAGAGUUCGACGACGAAGACGACGUCGAGGCUGAAGCCACCGAAGAAGAACAGCCGGCCGAUCAACCAAGCCAACCGAAACGGUCGAUCUACUGCCUCGACCUGAGGGCGUACGACGACGCCAAACCAUACUGCGAUGAGAUUCGCCGUAUCGUUCAAGAAGCGAGCGUGCAGACGGUGAGCCUGAUGCCGUCGCUGGACGGGCUGUUAAACAAUGGUGCCUCGAAGAACGGCAACGGUCAGCCGAGCGGUAACGGCGCGGCAAGCAAUGGCUCGACCAACGGUGCGUCGACGAAUGGAUCCACAAGUAACGGGCAAGCGGUGGCGGCCAGUCACAACGAGCCCAUCGUGAUUAAAGAGGAUGCCUCGCGUCGGUGGUAUCCGGUGAUCGACUUCAGCCGCUGCACGAACUGCAUGGAGUGCAUCGACUUCUGCCUGUUUGGCGUUUACGGCGUGGAUGCGGGCGAGAACAUCCUGGUCGAACAGCCGGACAAUUGCCGCAAGGGUUGCCCGGCUUGUAGCCGUGUGUGCCCCGAGAACGCGAUCAUCUUCCCCCAACAUAAAACGCCCGCCAUUGCCGGCUCGCCGGUGGCUUCGAUCGACGGCUUCAAGAUCGAUCUAUCGAAGCUGUUUGGAGCCCCCAAUGCGAUGGAGGUGGCCGCCAUGGAACGCGACCGCGAGUUGGUUGCCGACGGCCGUGAAGCAGUCGGCAUGAGCGUUGGCAUUCCUAAACGGCAAGCCGACCAACCCACAGCUCCGCGAGAUGAACUCGACGACCUGAUGGACGAACUCGAUGAUCUCGAGUUGUAA